CCCUCCAGAGUCCGCACUGCCUGCUCACUAUGGCGAAACAUGAUGAACCGUUCACCCCUAUGGGAAUUUCUCCUCCCAGCUUGCUAGCGUCAGCUAAAUCUGUGUCCGUCAGCCUGAGUAGUUCCAGCAGCAUAGUGGCAGCAGCCGUGACUUGGCUCAGACAUCAGGCUGCCUCUCUCUGCUAUUCUGCCUCAACUUGCCUAAGAGUGAGCACAGUGCAUCUCGCUCUGCCUGGUCGUCAAGAAAAAGUUCAGCUUUGCCAUUUCUUUGGCUUAAGAGCAGAUGAAUCUCCAGUUUUGGACUGAAAAGACAAUGUAGCUUUGCUGUAAAAGAAGACUUUUUGAAGCAAACGGAAGAGUGAUUUUCUUGUGCAGGGAUGCCUAAACCCUCUCGGUGUCCACCCUAUCCUUUAGCCUGUUUCUUCUAUCCUUCUCUAUUUAGACUUAGCCCUCCGGAUCCCUUUGGCAUGCAAAGGUCAAGUCAGCAGGAUUUCUCUUCAAUCAGUUCUUUUCUGCUGUGUUAUGAUCCCCUUCGUCUGUGCCACAAUUGACCCAAAGGCUUCCCAGGCAAAACAAAGGGAUUAACUAUGAACUUUUCUCCCUUGGAGAGACAUGGCUAAAUAGUGGACUAAGUGAUCUGUUCAAAGUCAAUUAAUAUUUUUAAAAUGGUAGAACGAAAGAAGAUCAUCAUGGAUGGACGCCUUUAAUACCCAGAAGACCAUGGAAGGGGAAAACCUGGUAAACUCCUCCAGCAAUAACACAACGGACAUCCAUCUGGUUACUCAUAGUCUUUGGGAGGUGAUCACCAUUGCAACUGUAUCUGGCAUUGUCAGCCUCAUCACCAUUGUGGGUAAUGUUCUUGUAAUGGUUUCCUUUAAAGUCAACAGUCAACUGAAGACAGUGAACAAUUACUACCUGCUGAGUCUGGCAGCUGCUGACCUCAUCAUUGGAGUUUUUUCCAUGAAUUUGUACACCUCCUACAUCUUGAUGGACUACUGGGCUUUAGGGAACCUGGCAUGUGAUCUGUGGUUAGCACUGGACUAUGUAGCCAGUAAUGCCUCGGUCAUGAACCUACUCGUGAUCAGUUUUGACAGAUAUUUCUCCAUCACUCGGCCUCUGACUUACAGGGCCAAAAGGACUCCCAGACGAGCUGGAAUUAUGAUAGGAUUAGCUUGGCUGGUAUCUAUUAUCCUAUGGGCUCCACCUAUACUUUGUUGGCAAUAUUUUGUAGGAAAAAGAACUGUUCCUGCAAGACAAUGCCAGAUUCAGUUUUUCUCUGAACCUGUUAUAACAUUCGGGACAGCAAUCGCUGCCUUUUAUGUUCCUGUGUCAAUUAUGACAAUUCUUUACUGUCGCAUCUAUAAGGAGACAGAGAAAAGGACAAAAGAUCUGGCAGAGCUGCAGGGAGUUAAUCAUCAAAUGGACUCUGGGGAGGCACAGCCUCAGAAGAUCAUCAUAAGAUCAUGUUUUAGUUGUAAACUGAGAUCAUCUUCACAUGAUCAAAACCAAGCCUCCUGGUCAUCUUCCAGCAGGAGCAAUGCCAAAUCCACUGGGUCCACCAGCGAUGAGUGGACCAAAGCUGGUCAGCUGACCACCUUCAACAGCUAUGCCUCCUCUGACGAUGAGGACAGGCCGGUGUCUCCAGUAGGGUGCAAGACCUCUCUCCGGAACCAGGCUUGUGAAGCAAGCAGAAGUGUUAUGGGCAGUGAGAGCGAGCAGCUUAGCAACUGUGAUGAUGAAAGCUUAUUCCAAACACAUACCAAAAGCAACUCCCAGAGGAGCAGCAAAUGCUUGUCCUACAAAUUUAAACCUGUGCCAAAAGAUCCUCACCUGGAGCACCAUAGCAAAAAUGGAAACACAAAGUUGGUUUCUUCCACAUUCUCCUCUGCCGAGUCUAUGAGCGCUCCCUCAACCUCCUCUGUGUCUAAGCCUACAGAUACGUCUCUGAAAAGCCAGAUCACCAAGAGGAAAAGGAUGGUGCUUAUAAAGGAGAGGAAGGCAGCUCAGACUCUCAGUGCUAUCUUAUUGGCAUUCAUCCUUACGUGGCUUCCUUACAACAUCAUGGUGCUGAUUUCGACCUUCUGCUCAGACUGUAUCCCACGCUCCCUCUGGCACCUGGGCUACUGGCUGUGCUAUGUAAACAGUACAGUAAACCCCAUGUGCUACGCUCUGUGCAACAAGAACUUUCAAAAAACCUUCCGCAUGUUGCUGCUCUGCCAGUGGAAAAAGAAAAGGAUUGAGGAGAAACUGUACUGGCAUGGACAGAACCCUGUAGUUAGCUCCAAGCUGACAUAAGGGAUUCUUUUGUGCUGAUUCAGGGAUUGUACUGACAAUCUUGACUUCAUAAACUUGCAUUCGUCAUGUAAGGUGAAGUGCAUUUUAUAGUGUCAAUGAGUAUGUCUCUUGUAUUCAACAAUUAUAGCUGCUAAUAUCCUCCAAAAGUAUCAAUUCAUAGUUCUUCUUCACAUUUUGUCAUUGACUUAAUACGUCUGCGUAUUCUCCACAUCUGUGUAUUCUGUACUUGGACAUUACUGUGUGACAAGCCAACACAGGGUAUUGCAUAAUGGUAAAGCCGAAAGAAAAUGUUUUACAGGAAAAUAUUAGUAAAUUGUGGCAUACAUUUUUUCUCCACCAUUUGCUGCAAUUAAGGCUGUGGUUAUUUUGGAAAAUGCUUUAAUUAGUGAUGCAAAUGUAGAAAUGGAAACAUACAGUAAGCCCAUCCAAUUUAACACAGACAUUUUACUGAACAGAGAGAACCAAUGAAAGACAAAUGUUUAAUGGACUGA